AUGGUCGCCGAAAAAUCAAGGAGAAUCGCUUGCCUUUUUUUGGUCCUAAUGGUGUUGCUCCAACUUAGCGUCUUAUUACGGCGACGCUACGGUGAUUGUGAUGGAAUCCGAAGACAUUUCGAAGUGGCAAAAUACGGGAAUUACACCGUGUUCCCAAAUGUCGUCAAAUCAAGUGUGGAGAUUGAUACGGUCGUCUUGAUGUUGCACACGAGUUUUCCGUUUCCGGCGCCAGCUUUUAGAGCUAUGUUAACCGCAUGGAAUUCGCGGGUCUCAAUCGCUGUUUAUCUACAGGUUGUCGAGGAUCUGGCGAUGCUCUAUCAUUUGCUCGAACCCAUGGCUGACGAGCCAUUUUUCCGAAACAUUUCCUUGCAUGCCUACUACGCAUCGGUGCAUCCACCGCCCGGAUUGUUGUAUCCAGCGAACACGGGCCGGAAUUUGGCUCGGAAAUUCGCUCCUCGGCAUCGAUACUUUAUGACGGCAGAUAUGGAUCAGCUCUAUUCAGCGGAUGCCGAGCGCACGCUUUAUGCGUUGGCCGAAGCGGAGAAUCUGGAUGAAGUUGAUGCACUUUUGGUGGUUCGCCGGUUUGAGCAUCAAGAGGGCACUAGUGCCCCAAGCAACAUGGCCGAGCUGGCGGGGCGUCUGAAUCGGGAUGUCUUCGAAUUUCACAAAAAGAGCUUCGCCGUCGGCCACGUUAUUCCGGGGAUCGGCAGGUGGCUGGAUAAUGUUGGACCUCCGAAGGCAACGCCCUUAACCUACAAAAAUUGGCAUUGGGAGCCGAUGUUUGCGGCGCCCGCUCGGAUACCGUAUCACAAUGAAGACGUGCUCUACGGCCACAAAGACCACGCGAGUCUCUGCUGGCUGCUCUGCGCGACGAAGUACAAAUUUCUGCUGGCCGACGGUGUGUUCAGCAGCCAUCCAGGAAUUCGGGAACCCGGUGGCAAAAAACGGCAAAUACCGAAGAUAGCCAUCACCAACGGCGAGAACUACCGAAAUCAGCUGAAGAAAAAGUACGGGGCCAAGAAUCGGUGCUUA